AUGCGGGCAAAAUCAAAGAAAUCUGCGAACUAUAGCAGAGCUUUGCAUUCGCUGAUUCACCGUGACGACAAAACUUUACCUGUUGAAAUCGCAUCUGUGCGGACAAAGGUCAGGAUCCCGCGCAAGCGGAAGGUGCUUCUCAGACCUUGGCCGGUCAUCCCUUUGAACAACUGGAUGAAACUGUGUUUUACGGAUCCCAAAUACUCCGGUUUUUUUUUCCUAGCGGGAAAGACUUUGGAUGAAUGGGCAGAUGCUCAGAACAUGCUGAAAGAGUUCUGGUCCCGAUAUGGCAAGAUCGACCAAACUAUGGUACCAUCCAAUCCUUCUCAGACUAUUCCAGUGUACCUUCAUGGAGACGAAGGUCGUGGUCUUGGCAAGAGACCCCUACUGGUGAUAUCUUUUCAACCGGUCAUGUCAUGGGUUGGGGCAAACAGCAUUCCCUCGACAAAGCACGCCUUCACGACCCGGCUGGUCUACUCCGUGAUCCCUUCGGAGUGCUAUGCCCCUGGCGGUGCCACCAUUGACCCGCUCUUGCGACAUUUGGUCCAGGACCUCAACCAACUGGAGCAGGAGGGUUUGGAGGAUUGGCAUGUCUUGGGCCCUGAAGGUAGCAUACGGUCUUUGACUUCAAACUUUGUGCCUCCAGAUCCUUACAAACCUGGAGUAAGGUCACCACUACGGGACUUGACAGGUGGCGACAAUCCCAAGACUAUUAAGAUCGAUAUUGCUCACACGCAUAGCAUAGCUGGAUAUGGAAAGGAUGACUUGGCCAGCUCCAUUGUUUUUCUGGCAGUUCGCUGCAAGAUUUGGGGCGAAGGUAACUAUGAGAAACAGCUCGAACUUGCAUGGGAUUCUUUCAAAGCAUGGUGUGUGGAAAACUCCAGAAGUACUACCAUCAUGGAAUUCAGCAAAAAGGAGUUGAAAAUAGUCUCGCUGCAGACUUUUCCACGUGGUCUUGGAAAAGGAAGUGACUCCGCAGUGGUUGGGGCUUGGUUGGAGACAGUUUUGGAUGACCUCCCCAUUGACCAAGUACCUGUCGCUAGUCCUGAAACUUAUCAGCCAAUGCUUCGGGUGCUAAAGUGGGGCAACAAAGCUACGAACGACUUCUUUCGCACAGUGUAUCAAAAGGGUGACAACCUUUGGAUCCACCGCUCGCGCGCUGCGGAAGCUGUGGAAGAUUGUUGGGCCAUGACUGAAGCUUUUGGGGCUCUUGCGAGCAUGGCAAAGCAGAACCAGUUGAGCCUUUGGUAUAUGAGACCAAAAAUUCAUAUGAUGCAGCAUGUGGGGCUUCUGGGUUGCAAUAUUGUUGAGAUACUAGCAAGUAGGUCAAAUCAUACAUACGGGUCAAAUUCUGACUUCCAUUUGUUUUUUUCCUGGAAAAUUGGGGAAAAAGCCUGGUACCAACAAACCUCAUCCCAAACCGUUUUGGCCAUCCUAGGCUGGAGAUGUCCCACCAAAUGGAAGACCCGAUGA